GUGCUUUUUAGCAAUUAGCUACCUCGGCUUUACCACGCACAACUUUCAGGUGAGAAGAGAGGAGGGAAAAUGACGGUAGCAGCAGGAAUCGGAUACGCCCUGCUUGCUUUAGGACCUUCUCUUUCACUCUUCAUCUCUGUUAUCUCCAAGAAGCCGUUCUUGAUCCUCACUGUUCUCUCCAGUACUCUGUUAUGGCUUGUAAGUCUCAUUGUGCUUUCGGGAGUUUGGAGGGCAUUUCUUCCUCUAAAAUCAACAGUAUGGUGGCCAUACGCAUUACUUAUAGUUUCAUCAGUAAGUUUCCAGGAAGGGCUUCGGAUUCUUUUUUGGAAAGUUUACAAGCGGUUGGAAGACAUAUUGGAUGCUUUUGCUGAUAGGGUCUCCAAACCACGCUUAUUUCUGACAGAUAAGAUGCUGAUUGCUUUAGCUGGUGGUUUAGGUCAUGGUGUAGCCCAUGCUGUGUUUUUCUGUCUUAGCCUUUUAACACCAGCAUUUGGCCCAGCGACAUUCUUUGUUGAUAGUUGUUCACAGAUUCCAUUUUUUCUUGUUUCUGCUAUUAUUGCGCUUGCAUUCGUUACAAUUCACACUUUCUCAAUGGUCAUCGCAUUUAAUGGGUAUGCAGAAGGGAACAGAAUAGACCAAUUUUUUGUCCCCAUAGUUCAUCUUGUUGCAGGAUUGGUGACACUGGCCAAUUUUGCAUAUGGGGGUUGCAUUGUUGGGAUUCCUCUUCUUUAUCUCAUGGCACUAUUAACCUUAUUGCAUUGUGGGAAAAUGGUGUGGAGAAGAUUAACAGAAAAUGGAAGCACGCAGUGAUUAAUGGUGAACAUAUGUUUGUAAAGUCUCAUCAUCUUUAUUCCAGUCAAUAGUGUGAAUUCCUCCUGUGGAAUUGUACAAUCAAGAGCACCGAAGACUUUACUUUGCAGAUGAAAGACGUGUUUUGUUUAUGUUGCGAGUACACUGCAGGAUCCAAGUACGUACGUUAUUCAAGCUUUAUCAUUACAAAAACCCAGAUGCUCCUGAGACUCAUUCAAAGAUGAUGUUUUGUAAUAGAUUAUGCAGCUCAAGUUCUAAUAUGAAUUCCUAUUUCAGCUUGAAAUCCUUAACUUGCUUUGUGGGAAGAUAAUUUAUAUUGCAAUCGAAUUGUGUAACAUGGUGCCUUACA